UACUAGAGCACAUACACAAGGUCGGCGGUGUCCGUCGUGUGUUCCUGCUGGACGACGGGCGCAUCACGCUGCUCUGUUGUUGUUAUUCGCACCCCAUCACCUCUUUCUCGACUUUCUCAAUCCUCAACCUGGUACUCGACACGCUAUGACUCGCCGGGGUUGGACCAUAGCCGCUUUCGCUGCGGGGUUUAUCAUAGCAGUGGGGAUGCUCGGCUUCAAGAUUUGGUCCCCUCCGGACCUAGAUAUUUCAAGCGCUGUCCAGGAAAGGAGCAACACUCUGCCAGAGGUAUGUAUUGUCCCAUUUGCCCAGCGAAGGACACGGAGAAGCUCAAGGUCAUGUAGAUCCCUGCUUUGGUACUCCCCUCCAUCGUGCUCCCCGCCAAAUACAAACACGACAUCUCCGCCCACGUCCCUUACCCCUUCAUCACCGGACGUCAUAUCAACGCUACCGUCCACCCAAUUCCCACUCUCCUCGCCCUCAAUCGCACUUCCUCUUCCGACACCCCAGAGUACCCAGAGUACUCUUCCACACAUGACCAAUUUUGGGGCAAACAAGUCGCCUACACUGCCCCUAGCUACGAGAACGCAGCGGCUAUUGGCUUUGACUGGGCGAGUGUCACAAGAAUGGACAUGUCUGUGAAGCACGAACGAUUCGAUCGUUUGCUCUGGAAUAACGGGAAGCCCCAAACGACGUAUUGGGAUACCACGCGCUUGGGUCUCGAGCGAGGUAUCCGUAAACCUUACAACGACUGGAAUAAAGUCACAGGCCGGAUGAGCUUGACCUCUUUUCGUACCGCAUUGUUCACAAAGCUUUAUAGAGUUCACUACAGUCUCGUGGGGGUGCAAGACCGCCGGAGAGGGGUUUAUCAUAUCUACGGUUUUCCUCAAGGCUCGCCGCCGAGCCUUGGCAAUGCCACAGAGAUGUUGAGCAAGGCUUUGGGUGAGGAGGGGUUGGAGAGGAAGGUGUCCUCGAUUUUGGCGAAUGUGACAGACGAUGACCUUCCGACGACGUGGCUGAUGCAAAAGCUCCAAGCACGCAACCCCCACUGUCCUCUCUUCAUCCAACUCACCCUCCCUCCCCUCGUCAACCUCUCCUCCAACCCACAGACCAUCGAUCCAGAGUGGACGAAUGUAGACUACUACAAUGCACCGCCAGGCUUGGCCGGUGUUGCCGUGGCGGAUGGAUGUGGUUGGGUCCUGGGAUUUUCGGGGGGCGUUGAUGCGGAGGAGAUUGCACAUUCAAAUAUGUGGUUCUGGAGCUGGCGUUCCUUCGAUGUUCUACUAUCCUCUGGCCAAGGCUUGACCUCUUUCGCUUUACGCCUCUAUAUAACCUUUGGCCAAGACAAGUCUAUCUCCAAGCAUCUUUCACGGGGCACACUCUACCUCCUUACAUUGGCGGACUGGUAUACGUUUAUCAUAAUGCUGGCAAGAGGGUUCUUCGACGGUGACGGGGUGAUGAUCGGGGUGUUGAUGCCGUUCUUCCUAACCGCGGUGGCCAAUCUCAUCAUCUGCUUUGUGGCUGUCUUUUAUAUCGAUGAAAUAUGGAGGAAGGAAGAUAUAGUAGGCCCGAAUGCCUCGCCCAUCCCACCUGCGUCAUUCAUCCCUCUUACUCGGCCCCACAACAUACUCGAAGCGGCGAUUUCCAAGUUGGCUACAAACUUUAGACUAAGCAACGUCAUCACGAUUAUAAUCCUCGGCACGCCAUUCAUCCUCAGAACCCCACUUCUCCACGAAUCAUUCCUCCUUCCAACCACCUUCUUCAUCCUUUACUCCUAUUGGGUACCUCAAAUCCUACGUUAUGCCCAGAUAGGGAGCGUCUUUCUUUUCCACUGGUUCUUCAUCGUGAAUCAAAGCGUAUCCAUAUCUUGUACCACGUUGUUGGUCAAUUUCUACGCUAUCACGGCCAGCCCGACGGAAGUAGGCGCAUACCCCAAAUGGCCGCUCGUCACCGUAGCUUGGCAGCUCCUUCAGAUUGGUAUCCUUUACGCUCAGGACAGUUAUGGUCCGAGAUCUCGAUACCUUCCUCACUGGCUUGCACCAAAAUUCCACUUCUACCAGCCGAUCCUCUCUCCACCGAUAGCAUCCAUGCUCGGAGUCGACAGCGAGGGCACGGCUCCGUGUCGGAUCUGCUCGGAAAGUGUGCAUUUCCCGAUUAUCCCCUUGGAUCACCCUUUCUACACGUCGUACGACACUUAUGUUAAAGAGGAAGGGAAAAGGUUGAAAGAGCAUUCGGAAAAAUUGAAAGAGAAAGCGGAAAGAUUGAGAGAGAAAGCGAGAAGUUUGAGAGAGAAAGCGAAAAGUUUGGAAGAGAAAGAGCUUGAAGCGAAAGAGAGGAACCAGGUCUUGGAAGAGCAUGAUGGGGUGGGAGGGGAUGGGGUGAAGGAGAAGGGAGAUGACAUCAAGGUACCUCCUGUCAACAGCGGAGGUAACGUCGCCAAAGUCGACGAAGUCGAAGCCAUCCUAAAAACAGAGCCUCCAAACCCGUCCGACGCUGAGCCUCCACUCGUUCCCCCUAUCCACGCCGACCGAGAAGACAGUAAUCUCUUCAGUCCCUCCGAGCUCGCCAACCUCCUCGGAGAAGAUGAACAGGGCGAUAGAACAAGAAACCUAUGGGCCACGGAUUACGCUAUGGGACCUUGUGGACAUCUUUAUCAUCUAUCGUGCUUGAAAGUAUACCUACUCGAGAAUGGUACCUGUACAGUUUGUGUGCGAAGGCUGCCUAAGUUGGAUGAUUGGAAUGUACUGAAGAAGGGCGAGGAGAAAGAUUGAAGAUGAGCAACUAGCCUGGGAGGAUCUGAGCAUCGCGAUACUGCGCGUAGUCAAAGACCAUUAGUAUCCACAGUACUUUUACAAGUUUCCACGAGCAUGCACAUUGACAUCGCGCG